UCUAUAACAUUCAAAAUAUUUCAUACUCAUCUAAAUCUCCCAAAAAUACUACAGCUAAUUAGUUAGCUCAAUAGAGACAGGAUCUGCCAUUUCAUUCAGCAUCUUAGGUUUUUGAGAAAUUGGAGAGGAGAACAAUGGAGGCCGCAAUUACAGAAUUGACGGUUAGGUUUUUGCUACUUUGAUUGAAGAUUUCUACUACAGGGCGAAAAUUAAGUGAAAUUAUAGUUUUUAAAAUCAAACCAAAUUCAAUUCAUUUGAAUUUCAGAAAAGGACGGUACGAAAACGGCAGUUAACUCCACGUUUACCGUCUACAAACGUUGUCCUCCAUCUCUUUUCUUUUCUCCUUUUUUUUAAAAAAAAUUAUUUUGCAUUCUCCUUUUAUUUUCAAGAACUUUCUUUAUUUCUUUCCAUUAUUGUCCCCCGAUUAACGUCACUGGUUAAUCGGCUCGAUUAACUGGGCAGCCCUUUUCAUUAGCUUUGGUCACCUUUUUUAAAAAUAUUAAAUUACCCACUCAUAAACCCCAUCGCUUCUCUGGGUUUUUCAAAACAAUUCACUUCUUUGCAAGCAAUUUUCACCAAAUUUUUUGUUUUUCUCUGCAUAAUCUGAACUGGGUUUUCUCUGAAUUUCAGAUUUAUAUUCUGGUUUAUUUUUUUUAUAAUCAUCAAAAGCUCCCAAUUCUUUUUAACUUUUGUUUACUACUCUGUAUUUAGCCGUUGAGGAUUAGUUUUCCCUAAGUUUCUUCGUUUCUUCAAACUUUUUUUUUUAAUUAAUAUUGGAGUAACUGGUAAUUUUUAUUGGAUUCCAUUGUUAUUUGUGACUUAUAAAUUGAUAAUUUCUCCUUUUAUUCAACCCAUUUACUUCAUGAUCUCCAUUUUUUUUGGGAAUAUCAAAGUGGAGAGAGAAUAAUCCCACCAUUCUCGCCGACUCACUGAGUGACCGACCCAUUCACUUGUCAAUAUAAAGUUAUUAUAAACCGUUUUCUUGUCUCGUUAUUUUAUCAGCUGGGUAUUCUUCUCCUCAAAUUUGCAGUAAACCCCACAAAAAUCCUAUCAGUUUUAACUUCUUUUUUACAGUUUCCUAAACAAUUUCAGAUCUAUUUAACAAAUACCCACAAAAAAAACCAAAUAAUUUUUCAUUGGGAAAAAAUGUGGUUGAAUUUUGGAAGUUUUAUGAUGAUUUGGGUAUUAUUAAUAUUGCUAUUAUUAAGUGAUAAUAAUAAUAACAAUGUUGAAGGGCUUGGUGUUAAUUGGGGAACACAAGCUAAUCACAAAUUACCUCCAAAUACAGUAGUACAAAUGUUGAAAGAUAAUGGGAUUCAAAAAGUGAAGUUAUUUGAUGCUGAUGAAUCUACUUUGAGUGCUUUUAGUGGUACUAAUAUUGAAGUUAUGGUUGCCAUUCCCAAUGGUGACUUGCUUGCUAUGCUUGAUUAUAAACGAGCUCGGAAAUGGGUUGAGAAGAAUGUCACCCGUUACCAUUUUAAAGGUGGUGUUAACAUCAAAUAUGUAGCGGUUGGGAAUGAACCUUUUCUGAAAUCCUACAAUGGCACAUUCGAGAAUGCUACAUUUCCAGCCCUGAAGAAUAUCCAAAACGCUUUGAAUGAAGCUGGGGUAGGAGACACUGUAAAGGCAACAGUGCCUCUAAACGCUGAUGUCUAUGAGUCACCACAAGGAAAUCCUCUACCUUCAGCUGGAAGAUUCAGAGCUGAUGUUGCUGAUCUGAUGACCCAGAUGGUCCAAUUUAUGAGCCAAAACAAUGCUCCUUUCAGUGUCAAUAUCUACCCCUUCCUUAGUCUGUAUGGAAACCCUGGCUUCCCAGUCGAUUAUGCUUUUUUCGAUGGUGAAGCUGUUCCCAUUGCAGACAACGGAAUCCAAUACACUAAUGUUUUUGACGCCAACUUUGACACUUUGGUAUCGGCCUUGAAAGCAGCAGGUUUUGGAGACAUGCCUAUAAUUGUAGGGGAGGUUGGAUGGCCAACAGAUGGUGAUAUUAAUGCUAAUGUUAACAAUGCUAUCAGAUUUUAUCGAGGUCUCCUGCCUAGACUUGCAGCUAAUACUGGUACUCCUUUGAGGCCUGGAAAUAUAGAGAUGUAUUUGUUUGGACUCCUUGACGAGGAUGCUAAAAGUGUUGCUCCAGGGAGCUUCGAGAGGCAUUGGGGAAUUUUCCGGUAUGACGGACAACCAAAAUUCCCAAUGGAUCUUUCUGGCCAAAACCGGGAUAUCUAUCUUGUUGGUGCAAAGAAUGUCAAAUAUCUUGAGAAUCAAUGGUGUGAAUACAACCCAAAUGCUAAGGAUACAAGUAAGCUCAUGGAUAACAUUAACUUUGCUUGCACUUUUGCUGAUUGUACUCCUCUUGGUUAUGGAUCCUCUUGCCAGAAUAUGGAUACCAAUGGGAAUAUUUCGUAUGCGUUUAAUGUCUACUUUCAGACUCAGAAUCAAAAUCUUGAGGCUUGCAACUUCCAAGGCUUGGCUAGAUUAACUAUGCAGAAUAUAUCCACACCAACUUGCAAUUUUCUAGUACAGAUAGCUUCUUCUGGUCUGAGGACUGCUGUACCUCUGGCUUUCUCUCUCAUCAUUGCAUCGGUGUAUCUAUUCUUUUACAUUUGAUCUUGUAGAUAUAAUGAUUCUGCCAUUAUGUAUCUUUCUUAAGCUUUCCAUCUCUUUCUUUAUUUUAAGAUUUUGAUAAUAGAACAGAACUUCAUAGAUUAUUUUUUGAUGAUUUAUAUAGAACGUUAGCAGCAGAUAAUCAUCAUUAUGAUA